AAUACACCAUCUUUCAACAAUUCCCCUGCCUACUUCAGUUGUGAAGUCAGCGUGAACAAAAGCAUCAGGAUUGAUUUACAUGCAGCUUGGAAGAUGACCCCAAAGCAUGAAAAACAGGAAUUUGUAACAGUAUUGGUGCGAGAUCCCAGAUUACAGAAGGAAGAUUUUUGGCACUCAUAUAUAGAUUAUGAAAUCUUCAUUCAUACAAAUAGCAUGUGUUUUACAAGAAAAACAUCUUGUGUCCGACGCCGUUUUCGAGAAUUUGUAUGGCUGAGACAGAAACUUCAGAGUAAUGCUGUAUUAAUACAAUUACCAGAUCUUCCACCCAGAACUCCCUUUUUUAACUCAAAUAAUUCUCAACAUGUGGACCAGCGCCAGCAAGGUUUGCAAGAAUUUCUCCAAAAGGUACUCCAGAAUCCAGUGUUGCUUUCAGACAGUAGACUUCAUCUCUUCGUACAAACACAGCUGAGUCCUGAAGACAUUGAGGCCUGUGUAUCUGGAAACACGAAAUAUUCUGUGGCUGAAGCAAUCCAUGGCUUUGCCAGUUUGAAACGACGAUUUCCUGCAGAACAUGAAGAGAAGAAAAAAGAAAAUUAUGCCGAUUCAGAUUCUGAGAGUUCAUCCUCUGGGCUUGAACACAGCAGCGAUGAUAGCAAUUCACACAGACAUAAAGGAAGCACAGCUCCUGAAGAACCCUGAAAUAUUACUUGCACUCUGCUGUCCCUGCAAUGACAGGCAUAACUUGAAAGUUGCAUGUGACCCUUCCACCCACUUGCCAAAGCACGUGUUUUCUGUUUUCAAACCAGUUUUGAAAAAUAUACAAUGUAUGCAGUAUAGUUCCUAUGGGCUGGGAAUUAUGGAAGUAAUAGUCUAAGAAAUCUGGGGGCCAAGUAGGUGAAAGCUGGUUUAUAUUGUUGAAUGGUAUGAAUUACACCUGUAGACACUUUCAGUAUCUUAGAUUUCCUGGUGUGAUCCUGUGGGGCACAUUAUAAAGGAGAGCAGAGAAAAUCUCCUAAAGAAUGGUGUUGAAAUAUAUUGGAGUAUCUGACCUCAAAAUGUACAAAUUCUAUUUUCAUUUGGCAUUUUAAAUGACAAUAUAGCUACAAAAUUCUAUUAUACUAUACAAACCAAACAGUUCUAAAUCAUAAUCCAUAUGUAAAACUUAAUUAAAAAAAAUAACAAUUUUUAAUGAGACGCAUUGCCAGGUAAGUACGCAAAAGUGUUCAGCAAUAGAGGAAUAAAUGACCAAACGAGUUUUCAAUAGACAUUGUAAAAUAUUAGCUUCAUCUCAAUAAAUUCUUGGGCACAGUGUUAUUGUCAAAGUCAUAGAGUAUCAUCAAGUGCUGAGUUAGGUAUGCUUAGAUGCAGUUGAAGUCAAUAGGCUUAAGCUUGCCUAACGAUUGUCACAGGUCACGUAAAUGUAUGUUUCAAUCCCAUAAUCCCAUUGGAAUUGAAGUCCUACACACUGGAAGGCGCCAGGUUGGAGAAACCUAGUGUGCUUGCUUUUUGAUGCAAUGAAGAAACAGCAUCAUGCAGCAAACUUUCUUGUUAUAAAAAUGUCUGCUAUAUUCUCAAAUUGAUUUUUUUCUCUUCCUAGAGAUAGCAAUGGAGGAACUAGAUUUUAGCCAGUAAACAGGGGAGCAGGAAAUACUGGAGUAGACGAAAGAUAAUUGAAUUUCUUGGAUAUGAAUGUUUAAAGUAUCUAGCUGCACAACUUUUAAACUUAUUCAUGUUGGACAGCCCAGUAAAAUUAACUAGUACAUAAUAAAAAAAAUGCAUGCAUCUCCCUAGGUGACAACCUAGGGAAUUCAUUUUCAUAUUCAAGUUUUAUUCACAUUAAGUAAUAUUUUUGAAGGUCAUGGAAUAUAUUUAGGAACUGAAGGGGAAAAAAGAAAUGCAGGUAAAGCAUAUUUAAAGCCAACAAUCCUUUUGCUAUUGUGGUUGAGCAUAAACAUAAAAGAAUCUUGCAGAUCAUUUUUUAUUGAAUUGGAUAAAACUAUUUAGGCCUAAUUACCAAAAGAAGGCUAGCUGGUUAUGUUUAGGUAACUGUCAGAACACGUAAUUAAAGUCGCAAGUGCAGUGCUUGCAACUGUUACAGUGAAAAGAACAAAAGGCAUCCAACAGAGGAAAGAGAAAAAAAGACCAAAGGAAAUGAAAUAAGGUAUUAUUGCUUACUAAGAUUACAGAAAUCUAGAGCCAUUUCUGUUGAUUUGAAGCAAUUUGUACGCUAUAAAUUUAGUGGUUACUAAUUUUAGUAUAUGAAGUCUAAAGACCGUGGUAUCAUUUAAUUGAUGCCUGCUGGAGAAUAAACAUUUCAGCCUUAAGUAUAGCAAACAAGGCUUGGGAUCCACUGUCACAUUCAAAUUCCAUUGUGAAUUGCUAGAUGUGAUGCAGUUUGUCGUUCAGUUUAUCAAUAUGGUGCAUAUUAAUUGCGCUGCUUCAGUAUUACUGUAUUCCUACCUUUCAUACAGCAAACCCAUACAUGCUUACCUAGAUGUAAAUCCCUUUGAAUUGUUUACUCUGAGGUACGUGUAUCUGAUUGCAGCAUGGCCCUUAAAAUAUUUUAUGUCUAUCAAAUAUUAGUGAAAUACCUAAACGCUAAUGUUUGGAGUCUUAAAAUGUCUAUAAAGUGCUCCUAUUUUGUUACAUUUCCAAAAUAAAACAUUUUCUAUGUUC